AUGAGGGUGGGCCGGCUGACGGACUCCGUCCAUCUCUCCAACUAUUGCAGAAUCUCCUUCAAGGCAGGGGUUUAUGUCCCCCACCCCACGGGCCAUGUGACAUUUAUAACUCUUUGGUGGAAUGAGAAGAAAGGUAUUUGGGAUAUGAUCAACUCCGGCAAUGCCAUUGUGUGUUUACGGCAACAGCGGGACAGUGGGUCCAAGGGGCGGCCCCGGGCCUCCGUGACGUCACCGGAUUGUCGCGUCGCCGUCGCGUACCCCGGCGGCGCAACGCGCCCUGCAGGAAAGAUGACGUCACCGUCGGAGCUCCUGCAGACCAGUGCGCGCUCGGGGAGUUGGCGAGCGGGUGGCGGCUGGGAGACGUCCCGAGCGCACGGGACUGACAGGCGGCAGAAGCCGGGCGGGGUCCGCUGGGCUCCGGACCGGUGCCCACCCAUCCCGGGCGGCCCCGCCCCCUCGGUGACUGCCGCGGGCCGACCAAUCCGGGCAGGCCGCGGCGCCGCGCAGCCUAUCAGCGGCCAGAGCUCGCGUGCGCUUCCGCGUUCGCGUGCGCUUCCGCGUUCUCGUGAGCUCCCGGCCCGCUGCCGCAGGGACUGGGAGAGGGCUCCUCGGCGCACUCUAGCCCGCGGCUCUGCUCAGUCGGUCUGCGAGGAUCCGGCCCGCCGCCCCCCGGGGGACCCGAUGGCCUCGGAGGGCCUGGCGGGGGCGCUGGCUUCCGUGCUGGCUGGCCAGGGGUCCAGCGUGCACAGCUGCGACUCGGCGCCGGCCGGGGAGCCGCCGGCGCCCGUGCGGCUGCGGAAGAACGUGUGCUACGUGGUGCUGGCCGUGUUCCUCAGCGAGCAGGAUGAGGUGCUACUGAUCCAGGAGGCCAAGAGGGAGUGCCGGGGGUCGUGGUACCUGCCUGCGGGGAGAAUGGAGCCAGGGGAGACCAUCGUGGAGGCGCUGCAGCGGGAGGUGAAGGAGGAGGCGGGGCUGCACUGUGAGCCCGAGACACUGCUGUCCGUGGAGGAGCGGGGCCCCUCCUGGGUCCGCUUCGUGUUCCUCGCUCGCCCCACAGGUGGAAUUCUCAAGACUUCCAAGGAGGCCGAUGCGGAGUCCCUGCAGGCUGCCUGGUACCCACGGACCUCCCUGCCCACUCCGCUGCGAGCGCAUGACAUCCUGCACCUGGUUGAACUAGCCGCCCAGUAUCGCCAGCAAGCCAGGCACCCUCUCAUUCUGCCCCAAGAGCUACCCUGUGAUCUGGUCUGCCAGCGGCUCGUGGCUACCUUUACCAGCAGCGCCCAGACAGUGUGGGUGUUAGUGGGCACAGUGGGGAUGCCUCACUUGCCUGUCACUGCCUGUGGCCUCGACCCUAUGGAGCAGAGGGGUGGCAUGAAGAUGGCCGUCCUGCGGCUGCUGCAGGAGUGUCUGACCCUGCACCACUUGGUGGUGGAGAUCAAGGGGUUGCUUGGACUGCAGCACCUGGGCCGAGAUCACAGUGAUGGCAUCUGUUUGAAUGUGCUGGUGACCGUGGCUUUUCGGAGCCCAGGGAUCCAGGAUGAACCCCCAAAAGUUCGGGGUGAGAACUUCUCUUGGUGGAAGGUGAUGGAGGAAGACCUGCAAAGCCAGCUCCUCCAGCGGCUUCAGGGAUCCUCUGUUGUCCCAGUGAACAGAUAGAGAGGUGGAGGAGGUGACAGGGAGCUAGGCAGCCGUGCUCCCUCCAGUGCGGACUUGUCUCCCUCUGAGGGAGGCAAGAGGCUGGUGAUCAGGGAUCUUGUUGCAUUGGGAGCAGGGGCGGCUCUCCUGGUCCCCAGGAGAGAUGCUUUGAGGAGCAUUCCUCUAGAUUGCACAAGGGACAGUGCCUUUAACCAAGCGAGGAGUCCAAAGCUCAGGACCUGACUACCCUGAGAGCACGCUGACACCUCUCCCCACGGGGAUGGGGAGCUUUCUGCACCCCUAGUGGCAUCUCCUCAUCACGUUCUGUGCUGUCCUUGGGAAAGGCCUGCAUUCUGAUCCUUCCAGGCCCUUCGAGCAUGGAGGGGCACUGGGGAAGGUCCCCCGAGGGAGGAGCACGUUGCUGAGUAAAGAGGUGUUACUCACCUUGCCUCCCUGCCUACACGUCUCUGUGGGGAGAAAGCGAUGGGGACUACUGUCCAGGAGCUGCUGCUCCCCUCGUGUUACCCACAGGCACCCAUGCCUUUCCCAGUGCACUGACAGUGCGGGCCAGUCUGCUGUCCAGCACGGCCCCUGGGGCUCCCUCCAGCUGGCCUGCUGGCCCGGGAUGUGACUCUGAGGGGACCCAUCCCUAAUGAAACACAGCUCUGAGCCCUCCAAGGGUUGGGCAGUGGGCGGCCCCAGAGGAACUUCAAGUGGGACAGGAGCUGCAGGUGCUGCCUCUGCUCUCUCCUUGAGCCUCCCUGGCGCAGACCCCUCCCCCUGGCUCUCCUGCCUCUGCCUUUUCACAACUUCAGCCCACGCCAGACCAAACCUUUUCUUCAUUUCCCCUCAGCCUCACUGAAUCAUGGUAGGAUUUUUUUUUUUUUUUUUUUUUUUUUGUAAGUGGCCGGGCACAGUGGCUCACACCUGUAAUCCCAACACUUUGGUAGGCUGACACAGGUGGAUCACUUGAGGUCAGGGAGUUCGAGACCAGCCUGGCCAACAUGGCAAAACCCCAUCUCUACUAAAAAUACAAAAAACUAGCCGGGCAUGUUGGCAGAUGCCUGUAAUCUCAGAUACUUAGGAGGCUGAGGCAGGAGAAUCGCUUGAACCCCGGAGGCAAAGGUUGCAGUGAGCCGAGCUCCAGCCUGGGUGAUAGACUUCGUCUCAAAAAAAAAAAAAAAGAACUUUGGCCAGGCACAGUGGCUCACACCUUUAACCCCAGUGCUUUCGGAGGCUGAGGCAGGAGGAUCGCUUGAAGGCAAGAGUUUGAAGCCAGCCUGGGCAACAUAGUGAGACCCUGUGUCUACAGGAAAAAGAAAAGGCCAGGCUAGGUGGUGCACACCUGUAAAUCCCAGCUAUUCAGGAGGCUGAGGCAGGAGGAUGGCUUGAGCCCGGGAGGUUGAGGCUGCAGUGAGCCAUGCUCAGGCCACUGCACUUCAGUCUGGGUGAGAGAGCAAGACCCUCUCUCAAAAGAAAAAAGAAAAGAAAGAGGAAAAAAAGAACUUUACUGAAAUUUAAGCAAAAAUCAAAGGAAAUGAACAAAUAAAAUAUAUCCAGUGUU